AUGUUGUGUUAUACAACUAACACAAAAAGGUAUGCCAUAUUAAUUUACAAAUACCUAUGUAAGAAUGGUAUUAUGUACAGAAAGUAUAAUUUCUUCUCUUUCGAAAAAGAAAGUCAAGAGAUAGAGAUAGAGAUAGAGAAAGUGAAACAUAAAGCAGAAAAAAAUAGAACAUUAAAUUAUCAUCAUAAUAAUCUUCGUAAGAAUCAUCCGAAUAAGGAUCACCCCGUUGAUAAAAUAUUCAAAACGAAUGAGGAACAAAAAAAGGAGGAAAAUAAUCUGACGAACGAGUUCUAUAACAAAAUUAUGGAUGAAUAUAAACUGAAUAACGAUGAAAAAUUAGAUAAGAUAAAAAAUAUAAAAAAAAUGAAAAGGAAAGAAUCUCCUGAAAAUGUUGACAAGAACAUUAAGGGUGAUAAAAAUAUAAAGAAUGAAAAGGUCAUAAUACAUUCAAAGCAUUUAACAAAUAAUAUUAUUAUGGAUGAAAGUAAUAUAUGCACAAAUAAUGUCAAUACAGAAAGUAUUAAUAUAAAUGUAUCCUUGUCAACACAUGAUAUAAAAAAAAAUAAGAAAAUAAUAAAAAAAAAUUGUAAUUCUAAUAUUAUUAAUUGCACAGAAGAAAAACAUAUAAACAAUAUGCUAAUAAAACAAACAAAUAAAAAUAAAAAUGAUAAUUUAUUAACUUUAAAUGAAAAAAAAAAAAACGAUCAUUUUUAUAAAAUAUUUUUUUCUUCAAAAAAAGUUAAAAUAAUAAAAUCACAAAAUCAUCCAAUAUUUAUUCAUUUAUAUAAAUUAGCUAGUGACAGAAAUUAUAGACAAAAACAAGAAAAAGUUAUAUUAACAAAUAAGAAAAUUAUAUUAGAAAGAGAAAAAAAUCAUAUUUCCAGAAUUUAUACAAAUAGUAUUAACAACUUGAAGGAUUUUCGUUCCUAUGAUAAUUUUAUAUUGUUAUCCAACAAAUUGUUAAAAAAAUUAUCUUUUCUUUAUUCCUUCAACAAUGGAGUAAUAGCUGAAAUCACACACAAAUUUUACUUUGAUAAUGUAGGACUUCCUUUUUUAGCUUUCUGUUUCUAUAACAUCAAUUAUGAACCUACAAAAAAGAAACAAAUGUGUCUUAAUCAUAUUAAUAAUAAUAUUCCUACAGUUAAAACAAACAUAAAUAUGGAUAUUACAAACAAUACAAAUAUAUCUAAUAUUAAUGAUUCUUUUUGUUAUAAUUUGAUAUCAGAAAAGAACCUGAACAGGUCAGGUGAAAAAAAUUUCAACGUAAUGGAAGAAAUGGCUAGUUGUAAAAAAAUAAAAGAACAAGUCGAAGAGGGUCAAAAUGGAAGUCAAAAUGGAAGUCAAAAUGGACGUCAAAAUGGAAGUCAAGAUCAAAGUCAAAGUCAAAGUCAAGAUCAAAGUCAAAGUCAAAGUCAAGAUCAAAGUCAAAGUCAAAGUCAAGAUCAAAGUCAAAGUCAAAGUCAAGAUCAAAGUCAAAGUAAGGAACCAAAUGAAGAUAAAAUAUAUACAAAUGAUAAAUUAAAAAAUUCCCAUACGUGUCAUAACAAUAACAAUAUUGAAUAUUUAUGUAAUGGAGAUAUAGGUACUUUAAUUCGAAGUUGUUUUCUGUUAAAAUGGCAGUGUAUAUUUAAUAUUGAUAACUUAAAUAGGAAAAGGAAAAAUAAAAUAAAAUCGAGCUAUAAAAAUAUGGAUAUAAAUAAUAUAUAUGACAUUGACUUUUUCCAUCCUCUUACAAUACGUGCUUCAUCUGGUUAUUUAUUAGAUAUUCCUUUUAAAAAUACAGAUAUAAAUGAAAUAUAUAAAUAUUGUAAAGAAAAUAAAAUACUCAUGUUAAAAUAUAAGGAGGAUAGUGAUUUAUAUAUAAAUUAUAAAAACCUUUAUACAGAAGAUGACAAUAAAUUUUUACAUUUAUUAAGUAAAGCAAAAGGAGUUUUUCUUAUAAUGGAUAAUUGUAAUAAUAUAGAGAGAACAUAUAAUUUAAUUUAUAACAACUAUAUUAAUAUUAGUAAUAAUAUAAAUAGUGAAAAUAUUUUUGAUAACAUUUAUUAUGUUAAUUUAAAAAACGACGAGACGAAACCCUUGGAUCUUAUUUCUACAUAUAGCAUUUUUAUGUAUAUUCUGAGGUCUCAUUUUUUUAAGCACAUUCCUCAGUCAUCUUAUGUUUAUGUUGAAUAA